AUGAAGGGGAUUCAACAACUACUCUCGUUCUCGACUCUGAUUACGGUGGUACUCGCAGGCGGGUCCAUCGACAAUAGCGACGAGGCAAGGCUCAUCAGGGUGAGAGAUUUUCGUCGGUCGCUCCGAGGCCCCACUUGGAUCCAUGUGCCAGCUGCUGAGCGUUACUUCAAACGCGUCUCUGACACCCUACCACUUUCCUCACACAGUCUUCUGCAUCUACUCUUUCCGGUAAUGGCAACUACGUGUUCGAAAACGUUGCUACUGGACAGCAGCUCUCGUUCCGUCGCGACUCGGUCACGAAUUUCUUCCCUUCUCUCAGGGAUGGCGAUUCGCUCGAAGUACAGGUACGUUCGUGCAUGCUUCUCUAUCCGGAUCCGCUCUGGUGGGUUCAGAAACCGUACGCGUCCCAACGUGUUUCAUUUCACGUGCCGAGGAGCUUGAUUGGUUGGGAUGUGCGUCAACUCCGAGCGGGGACCCCCUCGGCACGCGAUUCCGCAGUCGAGAGAGUCCCGACUCCCGAGGCGUCGACGCGUUUCAGCCCGAGGUCCAACGGCUCUAUGCUCCCCGGCACCCCGGCACCCCGUGCGCGCGCGCGCACGACGUCAUCGGCUCGCGUCAAGCUAGCCAACCCGGCAUUGUCUUUCAAGCAGUAGACCCCUAGCUAGCUCCGAUUCGUGACCCCGGUUUCGUGUGCCUGCCUAGUACCGUAAUAGGCCAGCAACAUGGAUCAAUCAACCAACUCCUCCAUGUUGUGACUACAUGCUGACCUAUAGAUCAUUGCCAACUCCGUUCCCGCCAUCUUCAACGAAAACCCUCGACCUUGUUACGACUCUCACAUAUCAUAACCCCUGUUCCAGUUCGAAAACGGCGCGGCGCGCAUCAGUGGCGGCAACAACAAGUGCGCUUCCGCUCAAUGGAGCUAUGACGUAGAGGACGGUGUCGAUGCUUUUGCCGUCUCGUACGCUUGCGCUGUAAGUCGUUCGUACCUGCGUGAAUCGAGUGCUGGAUCAGAUUCACGAGCUCACGCCUUGGAUGCCUCGCUUGCAGGUCGGGGAGGGCCAGAGUGGUACCGAUACCCUCGAGAAGACCAAACAAUGGCGAGUAGUGAGAUUGUAUCCUACCUAUGCCCUCGCUUACCCUAGUAUGAACCCUACGCUUGCUCAGGUGGUAUUUUGUCGAGGCCGACUCGAGCUCCAGCGAUGGCAACGACGACGACGACGACGACGACGAUCACUCUCCUUCCCUCGGUCUCUCCCUCGCCGCCAAAUCCCGCAAAGUCACCACCACCCCUUCCGAAUCCGCUACGUUCGACAGCGCCAAGAAGGCCGUCACUUCCAAAGCCAACGCGACGACGACGGCUUUCCUCAGCCACGCCAAGGGUUUCUACGAAUACCAUGCUUCGAGCAUCCCUCGCAAGUUGAUCGAUCAAACUAAGGUUAUCCCUACGAACCGCACGACGUGGCCUUGCAUUCAUCCCGGUUGGUGGCUGCAAAAGUGAGUCUCGACAACGUCGCUCGCCGUCACAAUCACCGUCCAUCGGCACAGUGCUGACACGUACUGUCCACACCUCGUCACAGCCAUCCCUCGUACGUCACGAAGGAUGGCCACAUUGAGUGCAAGGGCGACUUGAAGGCCUACCGUGCAUCGCUGUCUUCGUCCCGAAUGGCUCGUCGAUCGAGGAUUGCUGCGGGUGAAGGGUCGAGCAAGGUCAUCAAGCGCGGGGCGAAGGAGUACUACAUCAUCACUCAGGAUCAUUUGGACGUGAGUACGGAGAGGUAAAAUGAUUCAAUUGGGUGGUGAUUGUACUCAAUCUCAAACUUGGCUAGUAGGACAUGGCGACGCGAGCCAUUGGAUCAAAGUCCGUUUCGAGCUUUGGCGAGUACACGAGCACCAACCUCGUUCUUUGGAACAAGGUGAGUCGAUCGGGUCGCCCCAUGCGAUAUCUUGUGUCCUUCGUUCCACUGCUGACCGAGUUGCAUGGACCUCGGUGCACUCCUCAGUCGGAUCCGCAUCAAAUUUGGACCAUCGUCUCUGAGUAA